AUGCUUUCAAGUGACACCACCUUAGGGAUCCUGCUCAUAUCCCAGUUAUGUGUUGGUCUCAUAGGGAACUCAUCACUGUUUGUUUCGUAUAUAUACAGUUUCUUCCUUAGGCCUCAUUUUAAGAAGUUGAUAGAUUUGGUUUUCAUGCACCUGACAGUAGUUAAUACGCUGACGCUCAUAUUCAUGUUAAUACCAAAUAUCAUGUCAUGCUUUGGAGUACCCAAUUUUCUGGACGAUGUUGGUUGUAAGGCAGUUUUGUUUGUAUUCAGAGUCACCCGGGGUCUGUCCAUCUGCACCACCUCUAUUGUAAGUACAUUUCAAGUCAUCACCAUCACUCCCAUAAAUUCUAAGUGUGCAAAAUGGCUUAAGCCUAAACUCUCUACAUGGACUUUUCUUUCCUUGUUUUGCUCCUGGCUCAUUAACCUGAGCAUCUAUGCAUAUAUGAUUAAAAUGGUAAUAGCCAAAGCCAACUGUACACACGCUGGCAAUGGAUAUUUGCAUCCUUAUUGUCAAAACAGACGGUUUGGGAACCAUAAUUCCGGGUCAUUUUUGAGUGUCAUACUCGUUCACGAUCUCCUCUUUGUGGCCAUCAUGAUGUGGACCAGCCUCUCCAUGCUGACUUUUCUCUACAGACAUCGCAAGAGAGCCCAGCAUCUCCACAGCCCAAGCCUCUCCUCCCUGCCAUCUCCUGAACACAAAGCCACUCGCAGCAUCCUGUCUCUGGUGAGCUGCUUUGUGUUCAUUUAUUGGGUGAACAACUCCAUCGCCCUUUACGGUUUUUACACACAAACAAAACUUGCAAGAUUGGAGGGAAUUAAUGCAAUUUUAACAACGUGUUACCCAACCAUCUGCCCUUUCUUACUAAUGAAGAAUAAUAAAAUUAUUUUGAAAUUCGCUUCUUCCUCUUCUGUAUUGAGAAUGACCUGUUUUCAAAGUGCACUCCAUGGUUGA